CAACUCCGACUCUCCAGCAUACCGCCAGCUUCCACCCUUGAGGAUUUCCACAUAUCCUGAUUCUCAUUAUGAUCCGUGGGAGUAUCCUGCGAUAUAUCUCAUCACAAUGUAUUGCCAGAAAUGUCGAACGCCUCUCAAGCUGGACGGGUCGCUGGAGUCCCUGAAUCCUGCUGCGUUUGAUCUGCUUAUCGGUUCUACGGGAAAGUCCCUUCCUGAGAAUGCGAACAAUCUCCCUUCCGGUCGCACAUCCUACCCCCAGGAUCGACGAGCGCUCUAUGACCGUGUCUCUCAACAAGCGACAUCACCAGUAUACAGGAGAACCAUCCCGGCCCCGCGUAAUGGUGUGGCAAGCCAGGCCACCCCUCCCGCUUUGGGAAGGGGCGACAGUGGAGGGAUGUCGUUCGUAAUGCUCACCGAGUCGCAAGUUGUGCCUCAUCACGCAGUCCACGGUGUCAACGGCGAGAGCCCGAGAGGAAAGAGACAAGCCAAUACGGAGAGAUAUGGGCGUGAUGUGGAAGAGGGCUCCUUUACGGAUCAGGUCGAGCGGACAAAUAGAUUGUUCGAGAUCAUAUCUGCACGUUCAGAUAUUGACCACCCGAUCUGCGCUGAAUGCACUGAUAUGCUAGUCGAAGGGCUUCAGAAACGGCUAUUGACCGCCACAAAGGAGCGGGAUGCAUACAUAUCAUUCCUCAAGAGCUUAAAUGCCUCCGUACCUAGCGUGGAAGAGGUAGAGACGGCAGAGAACUCGUUAAAGGCUGCUCUGGAGGCCGAAGAAGCUGCCUUUCAAGAGCUCCUGGCAUUAGAAAAGGAAAACGCAACUUUGGAUGAAGAAAUCGCGGCGCUGGAAGAAGAGUCACGGCAACUGGACUUAGAAGAGGAGAAGUUCUGGCGCGAUAGGAACUCGUUCGCGCUGACUCUUUCUGAAUUUCAAAAUGAGCGUGAUGCUCUGAAUAUGAGAUAUGAUCACGAUUCUCGCCAACUGGAACGGCUUCAGAGAACUAAUGUGUACAACGAUGCUUUCUGCAUAGGCCAUGAUGGCUACUUCGGAACGAUCAAUGGGCUACGGCUAGGCCGUCUCGCCAACCCGUCUGUUGACUGGGCAGAGAUCAAUGCUGCAUGGGGCCAGACUGCCCUGUUGCUAGCUACCAUUGCGGAGAGACUUGGGUUCCAGUUCCGAGGUUAUAAGAUCAUACCAAUGGGCUCAACUUCGAGAAUUGAAAAGAUUGAAUAUCCGCAACAAUCAUCGAGUCAGUCAGCCGCUGCUAGUCGAGACCAUACCGCGUCAGCAGCUCCCAAAGUAACUAUGCUUGACCUUUUUUCGUCUGGGGAUCUCCCUCUCAAUCUUCCGUGGAUCCAUCGGCGAUUUGAUGCUGGGAUGGUCGCCUUUCUAGAAUGCCUUCGCCAGCUUGGUGAAUAUGUUGAAACUACCCCGGCGCCUCUACCCUCACCACGCCGCGGACAUACCACCGUUACUGCACCUGGAUUACGGCUUCCAUACGAGAUCAAACGCGACAAGAUUGGUGACGCAAGUAUCAAACUGGGUUUCAACCAGAACGACGAGACUUGGACACGUGCCUGCAAAUACACACUUACAUGUUGCAAAUUUUUGCUUGCGCACGCGAGCAAUGUUGCCAGUGCUGCUUCUAGUAGCUCCGCGGCUGCUGCUACUAGGUAAUGAGCAGAUGAGAGCUCAAGGUAGUAGCCCUGCUAAGAAGUAAGGCGACUCGCCCCUGAUGACAGCAGCAGCAACAACCAACCAACCAAAACAGGACCCAAGUGAGAAGGAGCUCACCGAGAUAGCUGCCCAGCAUUUGACCAUGAGAGAUGGUUUUGAGGUCUGAACAGCGCUUAUUGGUUACGUAUAUCAUCACUCAGUGGCGAUACUGUUUGAGCCUCUCCUAGCGCUCCCGCUGAAGUUAAUCAAGAGAGCAGCACUGUUCUUUGUUGCUUUACUUUCUAGGUAGAGCUUUAUCGGACCGGUUGUCUAUCAGUCUCUCCAAGAGUAU